UCAUACAAAUAUAAGGUUCGUGGCGACUCCCGCGCACUCUUGCAUACCCCUUCACCGUCGAAACCGCCUGAUAUAAAAUGAAAGUGUUAUUCGCUUUAUUGUUUUGUGUGUUUAGCGUUAAUGGCAAAAUAUUACCCGAUUACUUCCCUCAAUGUAAGAAAAGCGAUCCGCAAAUCGAAAAAUGCAUUCUAGAGGCAAUAGAAGUUUUAAGGCCGAAGUUACUAAAUGGGAUACCGGAAGUGAAUGCACCAGCGCUCGAACCUUUCAAUGUACCAACGUUGAAACUUGACAGAACAGCUACCAACCUUCGUUUAAAGGCAACUAUAAAGAAUAUGAAAGCUUACGGCGGAAGCAACUUUAAGAUAGAAAAGUUAAAAUUAAACCUAAAUGGAAAGUAUGAAGGGCAGAUGAAGCUGACAUUGCCGAAGCUAUCUGUGACAGCUGAUUACGACGUGCGUGGCUCCAAGAUUCUCACGUUGGACAUUAGUGGCAAGGGGCGGUUGAGGAGUAAUUUCACUGGAAUAACAGUAGUAGCAAAAGGUGCAGCAAAGGUAGUAGAGCGUGAUGGCGUGGAGUACUUGCAGGCUGAGAAAAUGAUUACUAAACUGAAGAUUGGCCAUGGUCAGCUCGCUAUUGAUGAUACCGAAAGACCCGUUGCUGCUACUUCAGCUGCUGCCUUCUUCAAUGCGAGUCCAGGCGUGGUGUUGGAUAUUCUGAACCCACUAAUAGAAGAGAGUAGCGCUGCGAUCUUCAAGGCAUUCUUCAACAAGGUUCUCUCUGCCAUACCCCUAAAGGAGAUAUUAGUUGAGGAUUCUUAAGAUCCUUUGGGUUUCUUGUAAAAUAUACUUACCUUCAUAAAAAUCAAUAAUUCUAGUUGCACUCUUUAAGUAUCUGCCUCUUUUCAACACAGUGUAAACACAAUUUGUCAGAAAGAGACGAAAUUAUUUAGUCAAAGAGUGCUUCGACUGAUUUUUAUGAAUAAGGGGGUUAGGUUUAAGUUAUCCAGAACACUUGUAAAAUAUUGUUUGAAACCUCCUAUUGGUGUUUAGAAGUCGAUCGUAUUUUAUACAAAUUGUUGUUCCGAUAUGUUUAUAUAAGAAUGACGAACUUAAAAACGUCUAGGGAAACAAUUUGUGUUACUUUUCGUACUAAUUCUGGUAUCACAACUUCUCAACGCUGGGAUAUAUUGUAUAACUUUAGAGUAAGAUUUAUUUAUUAUCGAAAGGUUUUAUACAAAAUUUUACACCAAAGAAUGUGUUUUCUAUUAGAAAUAAGACGUUUUGGUUAAAGUAAUUGAAACAUGUUGUAUGUUACAUGUCAACCUCCAUUCGCUAUAAAAUGUCGUUUCCCUUGCAUAAUUAUUUCCUUGUUGUUAAGUGAAUGCAAUUAAGUUUUAUGGGACACUAAAAGGUUGUAAUAAUUAUGAAAGCUUCAUAUAAAAAUAUACCUGUUAAAUUGUAAA